UGCAGGCAGCCAUCAUAGCGUCGUGUACUGACGUCGCAAGCUGCUUUCCAACAUUGGAAGACGCCGAGUGACAUUCGCUGGAAUAACGGCGCGGGCUUUCUUAAUGCAAAUGCCGAUCGCUUCAAAAAAAUCAACGAAUUUAAAACAGAAAAACCCGCAAAAUGCACGUUUCGGCCAUAAAGGGCAGGCAGCCGGGAGAGCAGCAGCAGAACAAUGGUGAUAAUAGCAUCAUCAGCAGCAGCAGCAUGGAAAUACCAAGUAAUAGCAGCAGCGACGCAGUAACGAUCGAUGCCAAUGGCAUUUUAAUGUCAUGGCGACGCCGCCGGCGACGAUGCAAAAACAACGAUAACGAUUGCAAUUACAAAUCUACAACCAAUGAUUUCAAUAAAAUCAAUAAACUGCUGCUAAUUACGUACAUGCUGCUGAUAACAGCGGCCACAAUUUGUCAAAGCGCCGCCCAGUCGCCGUCAUCGUCAUCAUCAUCGAACAGCGGAGGCGCAGGCAGCAGUGGGGGAUCCACCGCUGGAGGAUCUCCGCUGAGCGCCUUUCUCAAGUCCGGCGGUGCCUCCUACAAUCAACAGUUGCCGCAACAGCAGCUCUUCGCCAUGCUGACCCGGAAUGGAGUUGGAGGAGCUGGAUCUGGUUCAGGCGGUGGCGGUGGCACUGGCCAUCGGGGCUUUCCCAAUGCCAGGCAGCAUUUCCUUGCCCUCAGUGAAGAUGACUCGGAUGCAGAUGUAGAUGAGGAGGAUAUGGCUGCUCUGCACUAUCCUCUGGUACCCGCCACGCAUUCACUUUCGGGGCCUUCAUCCUCCUCCUCGUCGGGAUCGCUAGACUCCAAUGGCUUUGUGGCCGACGAUGGUGGGCAAUACGAGCAGGCGGAGAAGGCUCUGGCCGCAGCUGCAGCAGCGGCGAAAGCGAGCAACAAGAAUAACAUAGACUGUCCCAAGGACUGCAAGUGCCUGGUUGUACUCUUCCAUUGUGAUAAACUGCAUCUGGAGCGAGUGCCGGUCUUGCCUGGCUAUGUCCAAACUCUGCAUCUGGCGAACAACAAACUAAAUGACACAACCGUCCUGGAGAUACGCAAUCUAUCCAACUUGACUAAGCUCACCCUUAAGCGGAACCUACUCGAGGCGAUACCCAAGUUCACUGGCCUCGUUGGCUUGAAACACUUGGUUUUGGCCAACAAUCACAUCAGCAUUAUUUCCAGUGAGGCUCUGGCAGUGCUUCCAGCGCUAAGGACCCUGGAUCUGUCUAGGAAUCAGAUACAUAGCGUUGAGGCUAACUCCUUUCCAAAGCCCAACAGUUUGGUUCACUUGAUAUUGAGCUUCAAUGAGAUAGCCAAUGUGCAUGAGAACUCGUUUGAGGACUUGAAAAAUCUCACGGAUCUGGAGUUGACCAACAAUCGUCUCAGUAGCCUGCCCAUGGGAGUUUUUAGGACCUUGAACCGGCUUAAGAAGCUGGCUUUAAACUACAACCACUUGGAGAUCAAUUGGUCAACGUUCCGUGGCCUGUUAGCGCUUAAGAACCUUCAGUUGAAGUCCAACAAAAUUCGAGGACUGCAGGACGGUGUCUUUCAUGUGAUGCAUAGCAUCGAGGUUAUUGAUUUGGCCAUGAACCAGAUCGGUUCCCUGUCCCGCCAGGGUCUUUUCAAUCUGACCAAACUGCGUCACCUGAACCUGUCAAUGAACGCCAUAUCCCGCAUCGAGCUGGACACCUGGGAGUUCACUCAAUCGCUGGAGGUUCUAGAUCUCUCGCACAACGCCAUCAGCGAGUUCAAGCCGCAGCAUUUGGAUUGCUUGCAUCGCCUGAAAACACUCAAUUUGGCCCACAAUCGACUGCAGUAUCUGCAGGAGAAUAGCUUUGAUUGCGUCAAGGAUCUAGAGGAGCUGAACUUAAGGCGCAAUCGUCUCUCCUGGAUUAUCGAGGAUCAGAGUGCGGCGGCGCCGUUUAAGGCGUUGCGCAAGCUGCGACGUCUCGACUUGCACGGCAACAAUCUGAAGCAGAUUAGCGGCAAGUCGAUGAGCGGCCUUAACAACCUGGAGACGCUCAACCUUGGCUCCAAUGCACUGGCCAGCAUCCAGCCCAAUGCCUUUGAGCAUAUGCAGCGGCUAAACAAGCUAGUUUUCAAGUCCCUGAACUUUAUUUGCGAUUGCGACCUUAUCUGGUUUCAGCAGUGGCUGAAGACUCGCUUCCAGCAGGCCGAGCAUGUGGUAUGUGGCUAUCCGGAGCAUCUGCUGGACCGUCACCUGAAGACACUGAGUGGAUCGGAGUUGGUGUGCGUGGACUCCCCCAAACCGAGGCUGGAACAGGAACCGGACAACAUGCUAGCCGUAAACGGAGCCAACAUCACUCUGGAGUGCAUUGCCAGUUCGCCGACCGCUGCCUCCCUGGCCGCUGCCGAUGAGCUAAAGAUCAAGUGGCGUCACGACAACCAGCAUGUCCAGGAGCGACCGGCGGCACAGCACGACGGCGCUAGCACAGAGACCCAGAUUCACCACGAUCCAAGCACGAACCAGACCUCCAUCUAUGGCUACCUGAGGCUGACCAAUGUGACCUACGAAAGCGCUGGACGCUACCAGUGCGUGGUAUCGAAUGCCUUUGGGACCACCUAUGCCCAAAAGUUCAAGAUAUCCAUAGGAAUUCAUCCGACCUUCCUGCAAGUGCCCUCCAAUCUCACGCUGGACGCUGGAGAAACGGCUCGACUGGUGUGCUCGGCCAGUGGCGAUCCCACGCCAGAGAUAGCUCUGCAGAAGUUUGGCGGCAGCGAAUUCCCGGCAGCCACCGAGCGACGUUUGCAAGUGAUGCGCGAGGAGAACGCCUUUCUGAUUACCAAUGCCAAGCCCAGCGAUUCUGGUAUUUACACAUGCACAGCGUUGAGCGCUGCCGGAGAGAUAAAGGUUAACGCCACCCUGGUGGUGAAUGACAAACCGCAGCCCAGCAUUCCGUUGGUGCAUCAGGAGGUGGUUGUCGGCCGCAGCAGUGUGCUCAAGUGCAUAAGCGAUACGGUGAAUGCCGAUCUCGAGCAGGAGCAUCUGCAUCGCGAGUGGUUCAAGGAGAACAAACCGAUACACAACUCACCGACGACGCCCGAUGGGGAUCGCUAUUAUUUUUCGGGUAACAAGGAACUGCUCGUGAUUCUAGAUGCCCAGUCCAACGAUGCGGGUCACUAUCGAUGCGAGAUAACGGACAACACGCGGACUUUUACACUUCAGCUGGAGCUGGUAGUGGUCAAGGAGAAUCUAAACUGGGAUGUCCUGCUGAUUGGCAUCAUUGUGUUGACCGUAAUCUGCAUCAUAGUCGAUUGCUGCAUCAUUUGGUGCACGCUGCGCUACCAGAAGCGAAAGCUUCGCAUGAGCCUGGCUGCCGAACGGCUGGCAGCUCGCACACAGGCUAGUCUGCACUCGACGCUGGACAAGGAUGAGACGCAGCUGACCACUUUGAAUCGCACUCAACUGAGGCCACACCAGUCGCAGCUGGUGCUGGACGGCAUUCCUCCACAACUGCAGAAAGGACAGUUGCGACCACGUAGUCUCGCAGAUCUCGACAAUAGCCAGGCAGCCCACAGUCGCCUCAUUGUGACCACGACGCCCUCGUACGAGCAACGCUGCCUGGAGCAGGGUCUGACGCUAAGCUACCUGCAGCAGGCGGACCUUGAGGCCCAGCAGGAUCAUCUAUCCAGCAAGGACUCGGGCACUGGCUCAGAUGCGGCAGUGAAGCGCAGCUUGGAAGACUUUGUGGUGGCCAUGCCCAACCAUAAGACUCACACGGACGACGAGGAGGAAAAUGAUGACAACGAUCUGCAAUACGCUCCCACAAGGGCUCUCGGCAUCUCCGAGUACGAUGACAUGGAGUUGUACGAGCUAAACCAUGCGGCAGCCGAGCAGCAGCAUUUCUUGCAGAAUAACAAUCACAACUAUGACGGCGGCGGGAUCGGGGUUGGGGUUGGAAUAGCCGGGUUUGAUGCGAUGGGAGCAGCGACGCCCAAGGUGCUGCCCCGCAAGUGCGGCGUCGGAGCGACCGGCGGGGGCAGUAACUACAACGCUAUCCAACAACAAUCGUCUACAACGGUGGACAUCUAAGCAGCUAAGAAGCUAAAACCAAAUGCGCAGGAUGAGCAUGAGGAGAUGGAUCUUAUACCAAAAAAAAAACUGGCGGCUGACCCACCCGCAGCCCCGCCCGCAACCCGCCACCCAAAACGAACAAAGACUGUUUAACUCGUAAUUAUAAUUUGUAGACAGAGCAGGCGGCCUUAUUGAUGCCUUUUUGCUAAGAGACAAAAGAGAAGUAGGACAGCUAGAGAAAAACAUACCAGUGUCUUCGUAAUUUAUGAAAUUAACUUUCUAGAACGCCUAAUAUCUGAUAAUCCUGUAGCGUGUAUUUAUACUUUUCGUUUCGCUUGUGAUAUUAUUUAUUAUUUCCGAUUACACCCGAGUUUAAGGCGUAACCCAUA